CUUAUUUUCAUCGCAAGUUCGAAGUUUGCUGUGGAGAGGCGUCAGUGAAAAGUAAAUUACAAUUUUAAUUUGUGUACGUACGAUUCUAUACUUUAGAAUAUAUUGGUGUUUAUAAUAUCGAUAAUUGUAUUCACUGGUACAUGUGUUUCGAUAUAACAGCGUGAUAUGAGCGAUAGAGAGAGGAGCUGUUCGCUUGGUGAUAACGCUAUGGCUGAACAUUCACCACACGCGAGGCGAGACGAUUCGCCCAGGAACCACAAAGUGAAGAGCUAUUCUAGGUCGAGGAGCCGUUCACCAUAUAAUCGGCGCUACAAAUCUUCAAGGUAUUCAAGAAGCAGAUCCCGUUCGGGCGGCUACUAUGGCCGCAGAUCGUACUCCCGCAGUCCCAUGUCCAGUAGGAAACGCCAUUUAGGUACUAGAGACAAUCCGAAACCGUCGAGGUGUCUCGGCGUCUUCGGACUGAGCGUGCACACGACUGAAGAUGAAUUGUACCAUCUCAUGUCGAAGUUCGGGCCGGUGGAAAGAGUCCAAGUUGUCAUAGACGCUAAGACGGGUCGUUCGAGGGGUUUCUCAUUUGUGUAUUUUGAGAAAAGCGACGAUGCCAAAGUAGCGAAAGAACAGUGCACCGGCAUGAAACUUAAUGGAAAAAGCAUUAGAGUGGAUUAUUCGAUUACGGAACGAGCUCACACUCCGACACCUGGAAUAUACAUGGGAAAACCAACUUACAAAUACUCUGAUCGUUAUGAUAGACGCCGCGAUAGAGAUGAUUACUAUCGUGGAUCACGCUAUAGUCACCGCCGAUCUCCGUCACCAUAUUAUAGCAGUAGCCGAAGAAGACGCUAUUCUAGAUCUAGAAGUUAUUCUCCUCAAAACCGUUUGAAAAUUGAAGAGGACAUCAAGAGGUCCAAUUGAUUUGUCAUACUUGAUAUGGUAAUCCUAUAUGUUUUAUCACUGGGGUUAUUAUACGCAAAGCCUACUUUACGAUUGAGGUAAAAACCUUGCAUGUCAUUAUAUUUUAAAACCUUUUUUUUAUAUGUACAUAUUUUAAAAAGAACUAAACUAAUAUUGGCAAAGGUUUAUAUUUGUAUAAUUGUAAAUUCUAUUCUAAAAUUUUUCUAGAUUAUUCGCCAAAUAAAAAAAUACAUUUCUUUAGAGUUCAGGUCUACUAUCAAGAUGUGUAGGAGUUUGAGAUUGCGUUGAGAAAUUGUCGAAGAGCCUAUUUUGUAAAGGUAAAAUGUUCGAAAGGAACAAUUCCAAUUUCGCAGAUGCGAUGUCAGUCGGGCGGGAGCUAGAAAAAUCUAUUCAGUAUCCAAAAUUACAGGUAUCUUGUUCACUUGGAAACGCUAACUGUCAAAAAUGCCUGUGAAGAGCCAGCCAAACUAAGAACAAUAUCUGUUUGCGAU